AUGUUUUCACGAUUCGUAAAGCCCGCAGCUUUCAAGCCAACCGGAUAUGGCAUUCAAAGAAUCGCACAACAAACUCGAUUCCUAGCCACGGUUGAAGGAAGUGCUGGUCGUGCCAUGCCAUAUACUCGUCCUCGUGCUACCCCUAUCUCUCAUGAUCGAGCUACAUUCACAAUCAGGGAUGGUCCAGUCUUUCACGGCAAAUCUUUUGGCGCAAAGUCCAACAUUUCUGGUGAAGCUGUUUUCACAACCUCCCUCGUUGGUUACCCCGAAUCUAUGACCGAUCCUUCUUACCGUGGUCAAAUUCUGGUCUUCACCCAACCUUUGAUCGGAAACUAUGGUGUUCCAUCAUCUGCCAGGGAUGAACAUGGACUUUUGAAAUACUUUGAGUCACCAAACAUUCAAUGUGUUGGUGUGGUUGUUGCAGAUUAUGCUGAGAAGUAUAGUCACUGGACUGCUGUGGAAAGUUUGGCCAAUUGGUGUGCUCGUGAGGGUGUACCAGCUAUUUCUGGUGUUGAUACCCGAGCCAUUGUCACCUUUUUGAGAGAGGAAGGUUCUUCUUUGGCUCGAAUCACCAUUGGAGAAGAAUAUGAUGCCGAUCAAGAUGAGGCUUUCGUUGAUCCUGAACAAAUCAACCUGGUCAAAAAAGUUAGCACCAAGGCCCCAUUCCACGUUAGCUCUCCCCAUGGAGAUAUGCACGUUGCAGUCAUCGAUUGUGGUGUCAAGGAGAAUAUCUUGAGAAGUUUGGUCGCUCGUGGAGCAAGCGUCACCGUCUUCCCAUACGAUUUCCCAAUUCACAAGGUCGCCCAUCAUUUUGAUGGUGUCUUCAUCUCCAAUGGACCUGGUGACCCAACCCAUUGCCAAGAGACUGUCUACCAUUUGACUAGAUUGAUGGAGUCUUCCCAAGUUCCAAUCUUCGGUAUUUGUCUUGGACAUCAAUUGCUUGCUCUUGCAGCUGGUGCCCGCACCAUCAAGCUUAAGUAUGGAAACCGUGCCCACAACAUUCCAGCUCUCGAUUUGACCACCGGUCAAUGCCAUAUCACCAGUCAAAACCAUGGUUAUGCCGUUGAUAUGACUACCCUGCCAUCCGAUUGGAAGGAAUACUUUGUCAAUUUGAAUGAUGGAUCUAACGAAGGUAUGAUUCACAAGACUCGUCCAAUCUUCUCCACACAAUUCCAUCCUGAAGCCAAGGGAGGGCCAAUGGAUUCCUCAUAUCUCUUCGAUAUGUAUAUUGAGAAUGUCCAAAGCUACAAGAAGAACCAAGCUGUCUACCCAGCUGGCAAGAGUAACAAACCAAAUCCUCUUCUCGUAGAUAUAUUAUCGAAGGAGCGUGUUGGCGUUGUUCCACCUCAGCAAGCGGUUGCUGCUGCCGCUUAA